AUGAACGAAGUUCGAAAGUUAAUGGGAUUCUUGAACUACUACCGCCGGUAUAUUGCCAAUUUUUCAAGAAUCGCUAAGCCGAUUUACGAUCUCGUGAAGGUGUCGGAAAAUGACUCGAAGACCAAGCGUGGUAAACCAAUGGCUAACAAUCCAGUCUCGUGGACACCAGCGCAUCAAUCAUUAUUGGAAGAACUUAUUGGAUGUCUUGUGAGUGCUCCAGUCAUGGCAUAUCCAGACCCUCACAGCCCAUAUGUCCUUCACACGGAUGCAUCAGAGAAUGGACUAGGAGUGGUACUUUACCAAGAACAGGAUGAUGGCUUACGUGUUAUUGCUUACGGUUCACGAACCCUAACACCAGCAGAGAAAAAUUACCACCUACAUUCUGGUAAAUUAGAGUUCCUUGCGUUGAAGUGGGCUAUCUGUGAACAAUUUAGAGACUACCUGUAUUAUUCUCCAAGUUUUGUCGUGUACACGAUAAUAAUCCGUUAAUGUACGUCCUAUCAACUGUCAAACUAAAUGCAACUGGCUUUCGUUGGAUUGGAGAAUUAGCUGAUUUCAACUUUACAGUACGUUAUCGCCCUGGAAAGCUGAAUACCGACGCAGAUACUCUCUCUAGAUUACUUGAACACAUGAGUAAAUACAUGGAUUCGUGCACUGAGGAAACCUGCCAAGACGAACUACGAGCCAUCGUCCAGUCGAUACAGUUGGAAGACAAAGGUAAAGUGACUUGGGUCUCAUCUCUCAUCCAUGAUCCCACUGUGUUGCAUGGAGGUGAUCCACAACCAAUCGCUAGCAGUACUCCACAGUUCAACCUUAGUGACAUUCGAUAA